AGGGGGAAGGGUCCGGCCGCUCGGUGGGCGGGGCCUGGAGUCACGUGGCCGAUCCAAGAUGGCGGCGCCCAGGGCGCUCCGGCAAUGCGGGGCCUUUGCCUGCCGUCCAUAUGGCAGUGCCACCUCCCCGGACCCUCAAAAGGGCGGCAUCCUUCAGUACCUCUGUAACUGGUUCUAUGACAUCGAAUACCUCGUCGGCUGGAGCGCGAAGCUUCACUUCAGAAACCUGCGAAGGAAGAACGCGUACUACGGUUACACCAAGGACAUCUACGGAGACAACGUUGCCGCUGCCUUCUUUGUCCUGUCCCACAGAGGAAGAGUGAGGUUUCAAGGCCAGGAGACCUGGUUCUGUGUGGACCAGCACGGGAAGUACAGCUCCGAUUUCCUGCAGCUCCGAGACGUGCCUGUGGUGGCCAUCGACCUCACGGGCUCUGUGUUGAACUAUGAUGGGCUGGAUAACCUAGUGAAGCUGACGGCGCUGAAAUCCCUGGACCUGAGCCGCUGCCCCCACGUUGACGAUUGGACCCUAAGCCGGCUGCAUGUCUUCAAGGACAGCCUGGAGGAGCUCUCGCUGGCUGGGUGCCCCCAGGUCACGGAGCGGGGCCUGGCUUGCCUCCACCAGCUCGAGCACCUGCGACGCCUCGACCUCUCGCACCUGCCCUCAGUGCCCACCCCGGGGCUGAUCCGCAUCUUGGUGGAGGAGAUGCUGCCCCGGUGCGAGGUGGUGGGGCUGGGCCCUGGGGACGGACUGGCCCCGGUUUCUGGCGCCCAGACGAGCAGGGACGGAAGGGAGGAGCCCAGCGUCCCCAGCGGGGACAGGAGAGCUGGCGAGAUCCCUGCCUGACGCCCGGCUGCCCUGCCCCUGGCUUUUCCCGAUGCUGAUGGAAGAGGGUGGGAAGAGAUGGCCGCAAGCCGUGCUCCCCUCCGAUCACGGACCAUGAAGGACCCCAGCGUCGCCGUAGACUUGUGGGUGUGGCUGGGCGGUCCGGGCCUCCCGCUUUGCUCGCACCUAGGACAGGGCUUGCAAUCGGCAGGACCGCGCUGUGGUCAUUAAAGACCCCUCCCUGUG